AGCAGCGUACGACUUGUUCUUGUGGUGCCAGUCGACUUAGCAGAGGUUGCUGCUCCGUCGUGGUGGCUGCCCCUCACUCGGAUCAGACUAGGCCAUCCUCCUCAAUAUGGGCAUACGACCUCACCAUGCUGAGUUACCCAUAAGACAGGUCGAUUCCGAGCCCCAACACCCCAAACACAAAUCGGGCAUGUGGCAGAAAAUCCACAGUCUCUUCAUCAAAGACGAUCUGAAUGAGAGUCCCAUCGACGGCACGAAUGAGGGACAAUGGCCCGAGACUUGGAACGAAGACUCUCACAACCACGCUCGACAGGACUCGUCAGUGAGGCCGCUCGCCAUUGGCCUCCCUCGGCAGGCCACAUUUAGACGUCAAAAUUCCGAGAGACGGGAACGGCUGCUUCCCGUCGAGCCUGGUCAUGCCGAGCGACGAGCUGUCUCUUCUGUCAGACGUGCCUCGACAAGCUUACCCCGAACCCGAUCCACCUCUUCACCGGCGCAUUGUGACCCUGGCCGGUCCUCUGAACCAACGGUACCUACCACCAUCAAGGCUGAUACCGCUGCCACUGAGGUAAACAUUGACCUGGUGCCAUCGUCCCUGGAUCCCGCCCUUCCAACUGAGUCGGAAGAUCUUUGGCCGCAAGAUAUACAUCGACCUCCUCGACCACCGUCUACGACCUCAUCUGAUGACUCGCAUUUUCCUCGAAUGCCUCCUGUCAACGACAAAGCUGACCUGAGAGAUGAGCUGGACAAUCGGUGGAUCCUCAACCUGAGUAUGCACUUCAGGGACAAGUCGGAUCGGGAAAAAUUCUUUGUCACUUAUGCAGAGACUCCAACCAAGUGGCGACGAGUCACGAUCUCAUGUGACUAUCGCAAUGCCGAACCAUGCUCUUUGGAGAUGGACCUGAAGGAGCUUCAAUUCCAAAGAGACAAGAGUAUGCAGAUAUAUGAGUCUAUCCGUGAUUCACUUCCAGAUAUUCAAUUCUACGAUACGGUAACAAAUCUGAAAUUGGAGACUACCGAUGGUCGAUUACAUGUCCAUGUCACCGAGGAUGUCAAUGAGAUAAUUCCAUAUCCGCCACGAAGUACCGUCGCGCAUAUUCUCGACCACAAAGACUUCCGCCCGAUGGAAGUGCAAGAGAAUGAGUUAGCCUUCGACUCUCACUUGUCCGGCUUCGUUUACAAGGUGCGGCAUGAGAACAAAGUUUACAUCAAGAAAGAGAUUCCAGGACCAGACACUGUUGACGAGUUUCUGUAUGAGAUCAACGCUCUGCAUGCUCUCCAUGGCUCCAGUCACGUCAUCCAACUCGAAGCCCUUGUCCUCGAUGAUAAACGACAGUCGGUUAGAGGACUGUUGAUCAGCUUUGCCGAAAAAGGUGCCGUUGUCGACUUGCUUUAUGAUCACCGGGGUUCAAUUCCUUGGGAGGAUCGGUCGAGAUGGGCGGAGCAAGCUGUCAGGGGCUUGAGCGAGAUCCAUGAAGAAGGCUUCGUACAGGGCGAUUUUACGCUGUCGAACAUCGUGGUGGAUCAGGAAGGGAACGCUAAGAUCAUCGACAUCAACCGGCGUGGCUGUCCGGUAGGAUGGGAGCCUCCCGAGAUCGCUACCAAGAUCGCCAGCAAUCAGCGAAUCUCCAUGUACAUCGGCGAGAAAUCCGACCUCUACCAGUUGGGAAUGACUCUCUGGGCGUUGGCCAUGGAUGAUGACGAGCCUGAGCGACAUGUUCCGCCACUAAGUGUAGAAGAGUUCCCCGCAGAAGUCCCAGAGUGGUAUCAGGAUAUCGUCAGAAUUUGUUUGGCUGAUCGACCUCGAGAUCGGCUUUCGGCCAAAGCUCUGAUCCAGCUUUUCCCUCAGGAAUCUUCGAGAUCGAGACAGCCUUCAGCCCAACGUGAGAGGCCUGCCCUUAAGCUGCGCACUCCGAAAGACUAUAUCGAUCCUGCUGAUGCCGUCGGACGUGACGACAUUGAACGCUUUUCACAAUAUGGGGUUGAAGACAUACCGUAUUCUCCUGAAAGCUCAAGGGAUGACUACACCUUCACUUAUCCAAAGUCAUCCAACUACGAGUUUGACAGUGAGACUUCGGCAUACGACCGACCCAGAGGAAGAGCGCCACCAUCAAACUAUAGUCACCUUGCGAGGAGCGAGAGACAUCAUUGGCGGCAGGACGAUGAACCACCAGCGCCAGCGGACGCAACGGAGCCCAACAUUGUUGCCAUAUCUCCAGGGAUGGAUCGUGAAUUCGACGAGGUUGAACUCGACGGUCAUCCUUAUCUCAUUGCUCGCAAGACUUUCAACAAGGAAGAGUUGCAAAUCCUAGAAGGAUUGACCAACCCAGAUCAAGCACCGUCUCCAGACUCGUCAAUGGAUGUCGCCACACCACAGUCGAUGGAAACGACCAUCGACUCACGCAGACGUCCUUCAUUGCAUACGGCAAACUCUUUGGCUUCCGACAGUACACCACGCAACAGCCAAUCUAACCUCCCGACAUUGGCACAUCUCUCAUCAACCACAGAGGGCCCGGAAGUCGAAGGCUUUGACGCACGAAAACCUUCAAACUUGAAUCACGAGCAACGAAACGGGCAAACCACCACGGGUCCUUUGUCUGCGGGCCGCCUCAAGCCGCAUCUUGAAGAGUUGGAAGGCCUUUCGUCACGACCACAGAGGUACACUGCGCCGGCCUCGAGAGAGCCACCCAAGCUGUCUUAUGCGGACAGCGGCUUUGACGAGCCUCUUAAUAUCCCGUCUGAUGACCUCUUGGGACAUAGCCACCUUACCACUGUCGACCCCAAAAGAGAGCCACAUCCAACGGGUGAAGUCUCCGCACCUCUUGUAGUAACGUCCUUGCAUCAAGUAUCCUCCCGCGAUGAAGAACCUCCCCCCAAGCCCCAGCUACCGGAGGUGACCUCAGGAUCACCAAUUGCGCUGAGCAGUCACGCACCAUCGAAUCAGCAUAGUCAAUCUGCGUUACUGUCGGCUGACAACGGGCUUGGAGGCGAUGAAACAGGCGACUCACAACGCUGCGAAGAGAAAGUCAUCUGAGCGAUACCGUGGGACG